AUGGAGCAGUUCGACUCGGUCAAGACGAUGAUCGACAACCUCCGCUCCGAGGACCCGGAGGCGCGCCUGAGCAGCAUGCGCGGUAUUCACCUCAUCAGCACCACGCUGGGCCCCGAGCGUACUCGCGACGAACUCCUCUUGUACCUCACGGACUACCUCGACGACAACGACGAAGUGCUGCGCGUGUUCGCGAACGCGCUGGGGACGAUGCUACCGGAGGUGGGAGGCGUAGAGUACACCAGCAGUCUUCUGGCUCCACUGGAGAUCCUGGGUAGCCUCGACGAAGUCACCGUACGCGACGAGGCUGUCGCAUCGCUCCAGCUCAUUGGCAGCCAACUCUUCUCGCCGGGCAGCACCACCGGCAGCAGCGGUACGUCUUCGGUCGACAACAAGCGCAAGGACUCGAAUGCGAAGGCACAAGGUGAAUUCAUAGGCAUGGUCCGACGCCUCGGCGAAGGGAUGCCGCAGUGUCGCAGCACCGCCUGCUCGCUCAUCUCCAUCGUCUACCCCUGCGCCGACGCCAGCACGCGCACUGAAUUGAUGAAGCUCUUCCAGAAGCUGUGCGCAGAUGACGAGAUCCUCGUUCGGCGCGCCGCAUGCAUUGCCAUGGGCAAACACCUCGCCGGCGUCCUUGGUCCGAAGGGGUGCUCGGAGCUGGUGCCGGUGCUGAACGCGUUUGCCAAGGACGAGAGCGACGGCGUGCGCCUGCAGGCGGUGGCGACGUGCUCGUCCCUGCUGCAGGUGCUCCCUGAGACGCAGCACUCAGCCAUCCUCUUAGCGGUUCGCUCGCUCUCGUCGGACAGCUCGUGGCGCGUCCGCUACAUGACGGCAGACUCGUUAGGCAAUCUCGCGGCCGCUCUCUCGCCACCGGACGUCGUGAAGUAUGCUGUGCCGGUGUUUCGCUCCCUGUGCCAGGACUCAGAGCCGGAGAUCCGUGCGUCAGCGGUGUUCAACAUGGCGAACGUGCUUGCCGCUUGCCGAGACGCGACUGGCAAGAAGGAUAUCCUCGUGACCGGGACUCGACUUGUCUCUGACGACGUCAGCCACGUCCGCAUGAGCCUCGCGAGCGCGGUGCUGAAGUCUGUCGCGCACGUGGCAAAGGACCUCUGGGGCACUACCAUCGUCCCAGCGUGCACCGCACUGCUGCGGGACGCGGAGGCGGAUGUGCGACUGGCACUCGUGUCUGGUUUUAGCUCCAUGGGCAACACCCCAGAGGCGAAGGAGCUGGCGCCAAGCCUGGUCCCUGUUGUCAUCCACCUCGCUGCGGAUUCAAAAUGGCGUGUGCGGGAGGUGGUUGUCGCACAGGUGCCCUACGUGAUCACCUCGCUGGGGCGGAGCGCGGAGCAGGUGCUGCAGGUAUGCGUCAUCCGUCUGACCGACCGCGUAGCCGCCAUCCGUGACGCCGCAGUGCAGUCGUGCUGCAAGCUGGUGGCCGAGCACGGGAGUGGGUGGGCCGCCUCGACGCUCCUGCCACAAGUGCAGACUCUCGUGACCGACUCUAACUACCUCCAUCGAGUCGCGCUCUGCCAUCUGUACGCGGCCCUUGCGAACGUCGCCGCUUUCGACGCGGCAACAUGUGAGUCGGCGGUGUGGCCGCAGCUUGUCAUACUGCACAAGGACGCCGUGCCAAAUGUGCGUCUGAACGUGGCCAAGGCGAUCAUGGCGCUCAGCCGCGCUGACAAGAUCCCCUCGCGAGUGGCGAAGUCGGUGCUGAGGACCCUUAGUGAAGACGCUGAGGUGGACGUGUGCGACGCGGCGGUAGCGGCACCGGCGCUGAAGUCCUCCAUGGCGAAGAAGUAG